AUGCCUUCCUUCACCAAGACCAUCCUCACCGCCGUUGCCGGCGCCGCCACCGUCUCGGCCCACGGUCACAUCUCCAAGGUCACUGCCGGCGGCAAGGAGUUCCCCGGCUUCAGCCCCUUCAACGGCAUCAACGCCCAGACCCUGACCGCCCAGACCGUUGGUUGGGGCACCCUGCAGAGCGACAACGGCUUCGUCCCCGUCUCGUCUCUGGGCAAUUCUGACAUCGCCUGUCACAAGAGCUCUAAGGCUGCUCCGGCCUCGGUCACCAUCGCGGCCGGUAGCUCCAUGACCAUCCAGUGGGACACCUGGCCCGACAGCCACAAGGGCCCCGUCAUCAACUACCUGGCCGACUGCGGCUCCGCCGGCUGCGACAAGGCCGACGCUUCCUCGCUCAACUUCUUCAAGAUCAGCGAGGCCGGCCUCGAGAACGGCGUCUGGGCCGCCGACCAGCUCAUCAAGGACGGCAACAAGGCCACCGUCACCAUCCCCAGCUCCCUGGCUGCUGGCAAGUACGUCCUCCGCCACGAGAUCAUCGCCCUCCACGAGGGUAACCGCGAGGGUGGUGCCCAGAUGUACCCCCAGUGCGUGAACCUCGAGGUCACGGGAGGCGGCUCCGACAAGCCUACCGGUGUCAAGGCCACGUCCCUCUACAAGGCCACCGACGCCGGUAUCCUCUUCGACAUCUACAACAACCCCACCAGCUACCCCAUCCCCGGUCCCAAGAUCGCGGUUUCCGGUGGCGGUGCUACCGGUGGUGGCAACAACAGCACUGGCAGCGGUAGCAACAACAACAACAACAACACCGGUGGCAGCAAGAACAACAACACUGGCGGCAGCAAGAACAACAACACCGGUGGUAGCAAGAACAACAACACUGGCGGCAGCAAGAACAACAGCGACGACUCCUGCCGUGUCGCCAAGCGCGAGGCCCGCAACCGUCGCCGCGAGGUUGCUCGUCUGGCCGCUGCCCUCGCCGAGGCUCUUGCCGCUGAGCAGUAA